AUGCAGUUGCCAUUACCAAGCACUCCACCUCCAACGCAGCCCUCGAUCUCGACUACGAUCGUCGACUCCACCAGCUCUGAUAAUCAUGCUAUUACUUCAACCCCGACUACGGAAACCGCCGCUACCGGUUCUUCGACUGCUACCACAACCACAGCGCCGAGUUCAUCGUCGACGAGCAGCAACCCGCCGACGCUCAACCCGCGCACGCCACCGCCGGCACCGCCGGCCCCGCCGACGCUUGUGAUCGUGAACCCUACGCCUGGGCCUACGCCACAGCCCACGCCGCCUACUACGCCGCUGUUGUUUGGGAGUGGGGGUAGUGCGAGGCAGGGCAAGUUGUGUGUUGACGAGUUGGAUUCGAGGGGUGGGCAGGGGCAGCAGGGUCAGUAUUUGAUCCCCCCCCAGCCUGGGUCUAGGAAGAGUGGUGGUGGUGGGAGGUCUGGGGGCGCGAGGAGUGCUGGCGGAAGUGGUGGGAGUAAGGGCGUUGUUGGGAGUGGGAAGGCGUCGACGUCGCAGAGGUUGUUGAGUGAUGAGGAGGAUGUGGACCCGCUUGGUGUUGUCCCGCCGUUGAGUUUGGGCCCGUCGACGCUUUCGCGUGAUGAUGAUGAUGGUGACGACCAACUGCAUACCCUUGCGACUGGUGAUUCGUCCAUGAUACUUCCUGCUACGACUGCUGCUCAUGACCGGCAUACUCAACUACCGCCAUCGCCUAUUCAACCGCCGUCUGAUAUCCGGCCACAGCAAUUACCUCCGGCACCGACGACGAAGGAAAGAUUGAGGGAACGAGGGGAGGGGCAUAGGCCUGCGUCGUCUGUUACGAGUAUAGCGUCUGUUACUUCGCUUGGGUCGUCGAAAUCGACGAGGUCGACGAGGAGUAGUGCCUCUUCGGUUUCUUCGAGGGCGAAGGGGAAGAAGAAAUUGGGGGCGGGGUUGAGGAGAGGUGGUUCGUCGUCGGCGUCUUCAGGUGCAGGCGCGGCGUCUUCCUCUUCUGCUGCGGCUGCCGCUGUCCCAUCGACCACCCAAAUCUCUUCCGCCGCGACAUCGACUACCGCGACCACCUCGACUACCGCUACCUCCACCGCUGCUCCCCCUACGACCCCCGGUCCGACGACCUCAACUGGAAUCAAAGCAGGAGGAAAGGGAGGCUUCGUCGCGGGUAAAGCCAAAUCCCGAUCUGGCGUGCGGGGACGGCUGGGCCUAGGAGCGCGCUCGAGGAGCAGCGCGAGUGUUGCGAGUGUUGCUAGCAGCCGGGAUGAGAGGAGUCAAAGUGGGAGCAGGAGCGGCAGUCGCAGUAGGAGUCGCGGCAGGGGGAUGGGAGAGAUGGGUAUGGGGUUGGCUGCUGCUGCUGUUGGUGUGAUGACUUCUGUUGUGGAUCAUCCUGGUGGUCCUUUGACUGCAACGGGUGCUGGUGCUACUGCAGCUGCGCCUAUGAUGCCACCGCCUCCGCCUCCUCCGGUAUCGGCGAUUGUGACUGAAGCUGCGCGGGCGAGGAGUAGGAGUCGGGGUCGUGGACGGGGGAGUUUGACUUCGUUUGCGGAGUUGACGAGAACGUUGAGUCAUGAGGAUGUGGAGGAGGUUAGUGGGGAGGAUGAAGAGGAGGAGGAUGGGAGUGAGAGUGAGAGUGAGGAGGACGAGGUGAGGAAGAGGGAAGAGGUUGAGGCGGAGAGGAAGAAGAGGGAGGAAGAGGAGAAGAGGAGGCUUGUGCUUGUUCAGCGGCAGCAACUUGAGCAGCAGCGUCAGCAAGAACAGCUACGACAGCAAGAACGGCAACGUCAGCAGGAGCAGCUGCGCCUGGAGGAGGAGAAGAGGAUUGCGAUUGAGCAAGAGCGUGAGAGGGAGAGGAGAAGGAUGGUGGAGUACGAGAUGGCGUUGAAGAGGCAGGAGGAGGCCAAGGCUCAGGCGCAGUUGUUGGCUCAGCAGCAGCAGAAUCAGGUUGCGACAGCCCAAGCUCACCCUCACGCUCAGACUCACCCUCAUCCUCAUCCCCAACACCUACACCAUCGCGCCGCCGGUUGCGAGAAGAAGAGCAAGUUCAAUAUCGGCUCUAAUUCGGAUGAUGGGAGUGUUAGUGCUGUUGCGAGUAAGAGUGGAGGGAGCGGGGAUAGUGUUGGUUACAGGCCGUAUAUGCAGUAUUCGGUUGGUGGGAUUGGGGCGUCGAAUGGUCAGCAGAACGUGCAUGGAGGGCAGGCCAGUCAGCAAGGGAUCAAUCAGCAAGGCAAGCUUGAAGGACAGAUGGCUCAGCAAGGCAAACUUGGGGCACAGAAUGCUCAGCAGAGCAAGAGACCCGAGUUGGACCAGCUGCAGCUUGCGGCUGCGUUGCAGGCUGAGGCUGAGCGUGUUGAGAGGGAGAAGGGGAAGGGGAAAGCGAAGGAGGAGGUUUCGGCUGCGGUGGCGAAGGGGAAGGGUAAAGCUCAGGAAGGGGAUGGUGCGGCGAAGGGGAAGGCCAAGGAGGGGAAUGGGAAAGCGAAUGAAGGUGAUGCUCCGCACACCAGUCUGUCCUCGCCUUUGUUGCCCCAGACAACGAAGAAGACGGUCGUCCUUACGAGUGACGAAUACACGACGGACGAGGAUGAGGAUUCGUGGACUAGUGAGGAUGGGGAUGAUAGUAGUGAGGAGUCCCGUAAGCCACCUUUGCAACCGUCCGGUCAGAUUGCACGACGACACUCGCAUGUGGACGGGCAAUCGGGUGGAGGGCCUUCUCAACAGAGGUCACAUACUUCGACUGGGCAGUACGCCCAAGGACAAGCUCAGCAACCGCCGCAAUACUAUCAAGCCCGUCGUCCAGGUCUCUACCGCACGCACUCGCACGGACUCCCGAACAAGUUGAUGACGAAGCGCGAGAUUCAGCGACAAGCGCAGCUCACGAUUGAGCGUGCUGCUGCCCAGCUUCAACGGGAGGAAGAGGAGAAGCGGAGGCAUAAGGAGAUGUUUAUGAAGAAGCCCACGUCUUCGUUUAGGGAUCUGACCAAGUUGGGAGGAGGCUUUACUGCUGUUGAUGGUGGUUCUUCUGCCGGUGGGGGGGAUGGUGUGCCGCAGAGGACGAAGAGUGUGGGGUUGUUGACGCAGUUGAUGAACCCUGAUCCGUCGAUUUUCCCAGAGAAUCAUCCGUAUAGGCGGGGGUAUAGUAGUGGUGAGAUUCCGAGGGUUGGAGGUGGGAUGGGUGGGUUUGGGCCGUUGACGAGUUUGAGUGGCCCGGAUGGGCGGAGGCCGCAGGUUCAGCCUUUGCAACAGACGCAUGCGGAGCAGCGGGCGUAUCAUGCGCAGGUUCAAGCGCAGAGGCAGCAGCAGCAACAGCAGGUUCAGCAGAUGUUGGCGCAUACGCAGCAGCAGAUGCAGAUGCAGGUUCAGAGGCAGGCGUUGUUGGUUCAGCAAGCUGCGGAGCAGAAGAGGAAGGAGGAGUUGCAGGCGUUGGCGCAGGCUAGGCUUGUGGAGGAGGAUAAGAGGAAGGCGGAGGAGGAGGAGAGGAGGGUUAGGGAGGAAGAGGAGGCGAAGGUGAAAGAGAGGGAGGCGAAGAAGAAGGGCAAGGCGGCUGUGGUUCCGCCGCCCGCGCCCGCUCCUGCUCCGGCACCAGCGCCAGCGCCUGAGAAGCAGACUCAGCAACCCAAGCCUCAUCGUCGACAAGACUCGCAGUCUUCCCAGGUUUCACAGCAAUCCAAAUCGUCUCAACCGAAAUCGCGGCAGGUCUCGAGCCAGAUGGUUCCCCGUGGGCUGAGGUUGGGAGGGUUGCAGUUGAGCAAGAGUAGUGCUGCGUUGCCUGUUGCUUCUCAAGUGCAGGUUGGGAGUGUGAAUGUGAACGUGAACCCGAAUGGGCCGGUCGAGGAAGGGGUUGGCGGUGUUUCUGCUGCUUCUACGGUAACGGUUGAUGCUACGACCCCGAGUGCGAAGGGAGCGGCUGCGGCUGGUGCCGGUGCUAAGGUGACGACGUCGAGAGAGUCUUCGAAGAGUCGUGGUGCGCCUUCUAGUACGGCUACGACUUCGCCUACCAAGCAACAACCUCCUACUGGAAGUGGAGGCUACCGACCUCGUGGCCCACCUCAAGGACAGGAGCUGGAAGAUUCGGAUAGCAGUGAUUCUGAUGGAGAUGAUAAGGAGAACCAUUUGUUGAUGUCGAAGAGUGUUGCGCAGGAGAAGUUGAGGUUGUUUGCGGCCAAGAGGGGGAUUGUGACUGGUGGGCUUGCGCAUAUGGCGAGGGUUGCUUCUGGAUCUGGGGCUGGGGCGCAGCAGAGGCCUGGUGGGGAGGAGGAUGUACCUGCGUGGGUGAGGGAGACGGAGAGGAGGCAGGGUGAAGUUGAGAGGGGACAUCAGCAGGUUCUUCGGCAGCAACAGCAGCAGCAGCAGCAACAUCCGCCGCCUCCACCGCCGCCGCCUGCCCCGCCUGCGCCUAUCCCGUUGAUGCACCCGUAUAACCUUCCUGCUCCUGCCCCGCCUACGACACCGCGUACGACGCGGCGGUUGAUGCUGAGGAAGGAGAUGUCGGAGAGUUUUAGGCGGCAGUUGUUGUGGGAGCGUCAGCAGGCUGCUGUGCCUAUUCGAAGGACGAGUAGUAGUACUGCUACGUCAUCGCAGUAUUCGUCAGGGAGUAAUAACGGGAAUGGUGGGAGGGGGAAUGCGUUGAGUAAUUUGAGGCCGUUGACUGCUGCCCCUAUUACUGCUUCGCCUAGUAUGGUUCAGUUGCAGCCUAAGGGGAGUGGGAGGAGUGAGAAUGGGAGUGAGAGAGGGGGAGGGGAUGUGAGGGGUGGAGGGGAGAGGGAGAGGAGGGGGAGUGGGGAGCAGCAACCUGGGAGGCCGUUGAAUCCUGAGGAGAUGGAGGAGAGGAGGAGGAGGGCUCUUGCGAGGAAUAGGAGUUGGGCGAAUAAUUAUCAUACUUCUGGGUGGUAG